AGACUACUCCGGUGAUUAGAGAAGCGCAUUACGUGGUUACAAAAUGUGACUACCCCUACGUCGGGUCGAAACAUUCGCAAGCGCGAGAUACUGAACCUCCUCCCCGUUCCGCAACUUCUAGUUUUGACGUCAACUAAAGCACACUUCUGACCAUAGCACACGCCUCCGUUAUGGAGUUCUUUGGCAUGACCGGUGAGAAGCUAGGCACAAUUGGAAAGGUCGAAGGCAAGGAACAGAAGCUGCCACAAUGGAAGAGGGAUCUUCUGCAGAAGCCAUCGAUAUCGAUACGAGAUGGGAUCGCCUGGCAAUAUUCGUCGCCGUAUGAGGACACAUCUACGCUCGUCUUGACCUCCCCAGAAUCAGUCUUUGUGGAUUUACGUUUUCCCAAUCGACCAAACACGGAAUUACCACUGAGCUCGGGUCCAUCGUUCUGGGCUUUCUCUGGUACCUCUGAAACGUCUUUCGGCCCAGACGAUGCCGAAGUCACCAUGCCUUACCUUGCACAUGCAGUAUGGAAGCAUGAAAUUGAUUCGAAAGGACCGGGUAUUAGCGACGAAGGGGAUAUGUUCUUGCUUCCUAAUGGAAACUGUAUUGAGGUUGGAAUGAUGAUGAAUCCCGACACACGCAAGGUUAUGAUGUACAAGGAAUACUGGACUACGCCAUCUACGGAGCCUGGGUCAGGAGGUAUAUGGCUCAGAGGUUCGGGAGGUCUGCGGCGGACGCCUUGUGUCGUUGCGAGAACACAGGGAGCAGAUGAAAGCAAGAGUGGGGUGAUCAUUCGAGUUGGAGACUUUUGUCAGAGCAUUGCGAGGCAUGAAGAGAAGGGAGUCCUGGUCGAGAGAUGGCAGAGGCUUCCGAUCUCGUGGGAACCUCCCCGGGAGGAUAUCGAUGGUGGGGAUGGGGUAACCGAAUGGUCGAAGGACUGGAGAAGCAAUACUGCGAAGGAUGAUCACACAGAGGAUCUCAUGCCAUGUAUGUGGAUUUGUCGUGGGAAUAGAAGACUUGGAGACGAGAUUGUGGUGCACGGUAUUAAGUGGAAGGUGGUUGAGGCGGCGGUAUGAAGGAUGAGCACCAGGAGCACCAGAGAGUAUCAAUUGAUGACAUAAGCGAGACUGGAGGCAUACAGGGAAGUCU